AUGGCAAAAAUCUUAAAAUCUACAGCUGAACAAGUUUUUGAUGAUAUAUUGCAAUUGUUCUAUUAUUUUGUUUAUUCAUUAUACAAGUAUUUUUGUUUGGAUGUCCAAAUUCAACAACAACAGGAUUUUGGGACAAUUUUUGCUUCUCUAAGGCUUCGUCAACUUAUGGAUAAUGUUCAAAAUACUUAUUUUUGUCAAGUUAAUGGUGACUCUGUUACAGAUGAGCAAAUUCACCAUUUGCCUGCAUUCCCGAAUUUGAGUCCAGAUUUGAAUAACAAUGAAGCCCUUUUUUCUUUAGCUGAACGUUUAAUCGGAGUUGAAUCAAUGUAA